GGUUGCAGGCGGGAGCAGGUUCCUGUCGGUUAUUUAGAUUCUAACGUUGGAGCUCUUCCUCAGUCUGUUGUGGUGUCUUGUCUGUGGUUAUGGACGGACUUCCGGCUCCUCACCAUGAGAAAAACCACAGAAAACCACGGGAACUGUCGGACACCUGCAGAAUACAUCUCCCCGAGGAGUAAAGUGAAGGACCUCAGACUUCAGCAACAUUCCCUACCCCAUGACACGUCUUUUCACCAGGAGACUCCAAUGAAGCCCUCUCAGAUGCCUAACCAGCUUUCUCACCAACCACCCAAGAGAGUGUUGUCACUUCAGAGCCCUGAGCUGUACCAAAGGGACAGAUUGGGUCCACGUCAGCCCUCUUCUCAUCACCUGGGACAAAUCCAUUCAUCAGACAGCCCAGCUAAUGUUGGAAACCCAACAAUUAGGCCCCAUCACACGCCAAGGGACCGACUGGGUCCACCACAGCACUCUGCCCAACCCCCAGGGCCCUUCUGCUCAUCACAUUGUGUUCCAGUCAGCCCACCUGACAGUGACACGUCAGCAACUAGUUCACAGCCCUCGCCUCCUGGUAUCUUUCUCCAUGGUUCCCCUCAAUUUAUGAGAGAUUUAAGCAAUUACACUCUGUCCUUCCACAUCAGGAGAGAUGAAUUAUCUGAAGCCAAGGCCAGGUUGACACAUUCAGGAAUCAGAAAUGUCAAGAAUCAAGAAUCAAACAAGGCUCAAUCCAGUGACAUGAAGAGUCCCGUAGCAACUAUCCAGCUGCACAGGCCCCCAAUGACCCCAUUACGUAAUACCCGAACAGCUGAAGAAGUUCUCCCACAGCCCCUCUCAGACUCAGUGCCCCAGAGUCCUGCUUACAGCCACUCAACUCCACAUGGCUACCAGCCUUCUCAGAAUACCCACUCUUGUGAAAGAAGUAGUUCCAGUCUAUCCAUCACGCACAGCCCUGCAGCCCCUUGCCAGGACCAGCAACAUAAAGAAAUGCCUUCACGUAUGAAGUUCAUUCCAGUAUUCUACUGCUCAUCAUUGAAGAGGUGCAGAGAGCGUGAGGGCUGUGACCACAACGCCAAGAAACUGUGUCUUCCGGAUGGAAAAUCUGAAAAAGCACACACACCAAAACCCACUGAUAACAGCUCAGUCCGAACUGUGUCCCUAUCGAGGCCGUCUCCCGCCAUAGAACUGCCAGUUGAGACCACAGAUAACCAUCGGUUAUCAGAGCUGGCAUCUGAAGAGCCAUCUUGUUUGGAACUGUCGUCGACAUUAACAACCACCCAGUCAUCCUGUGCAUCACUGUCACUCAAACGUCCAUCAAUCGGGGCAAAGCAGGCUUAUAUAAGUUCCACUCAGGAUCCUAUUUUGACGUUAAAAGAGUUUACGUCGUCUUCAAAUCCCGCUGAAGAGAGUUUGCAAAAAAAUGGAGAGGAAAACAAUGAUACAAAUAAAUUGGGCUUUUUAUUAUCCCCUGAGGUCCCCCAAAAGCUCACUCAUAGUUUACCUCACGUGAACCGCAGCAACUCAGUUUCACCAUUCAAGACCGGGAGAAGCAAGAUGCACAGGAGCUCUCCCAAAUCAGAAUCAAGACAAAAUUCAGGUUAUGGUCGCUCGGUAGAACGAAAUAAAAUUGCCCGCUCGCGAAGGCCUGUCGUAACCCCUGAUGAUAUAGUUGAGCUCUUUACCCCCGAUCCCAUGACGUAUGUAGUCGGUGCUGCUCCUAAGAGUGCAAAGCCCAAGAAAGAUGGGGGAAAGAUUCAAUCACCCACCUCAGAGAAAAGUUGUUCAUCCAGCUCUGCAGUAACUGGAUCCUUGUGUCACAAGACUCCAGAAAGUAGUUUUACUCGUGCACUCAAAGCCAAAAUCUCUUCUUCAGGAGGUAAUGCACAAUUCGCCGUGCCCACUGUAACUUUAGAGCGAUUAAAACUUGAAAAUAUAGUCCCCUCUUGUUCUAAAGACAGGGAACUCAAAAACGGUUUUAUCACUUCCUCGGGUAAGAGGCUCAAGGAAGAGCCUGUUAAAUCUGGUGGGAAACGCACCGUCAAGACUGAAACUACUGCUUCCGAACGAACGUCUAUUUCCCAUUGUUCUCAGCCUCCACCACUGGAGAGGCAGGAAAGUGAUGGGAAUAGUAAGCAGGAAAAUGAAGAGGAUGCCGUAGAUAUGGAACUGGACCUCGACCUGAGCUUUGCAUUAGAUUUGGAUGCGACCCAGAGCUCUCAUAGCAGUGAGGAGGGGUCGCUGCUUUCCCUGCAGGAGAUGAUGAAGCAUGCUACCAAGCCUCAAGAUACGCCAGAGAAGGGAGCCUUCUUAGAGCUGAGUACACCCAGACACCACAGCAGCAAGUUAAAAGCCCCAUUACCAUCCUCCACAAAGCCAGGGCUCUACAAAAACAAUCUUGAUCAAAUGCUGAAAGAAAUAAACACCAAUAAAAAAGCUAAAGAGAUUGAGGUACAGCUCCUGACUGAAUGUCAAGAGGACCUGUUGAGAAUAGCUGAAUAUGAGACCGAAGAGAAACGGGAGGAGGGAAUCUCCACUGAACAACAGGAAUUUCUGCAGCGCUACUCACUGACGUCCAGUGCAAUCAGGGAUGUUCCCCCUGGAGAAACAGUGUUCAACGUGGAGAAAUUUGGUCAGAUUUUCAACCAGGACACACUGCAGCUCCGACAAUGCAUGGUCACCCCGCAGGGGACAGCAAAGUACACUCUUCUCUGGUCCAGUCCUGCUCAACUGAGAUUGCAUGUGAUGAUUGGAUUGUUCCAAGAAGCCUACAACUGUUCCUCGCCCUGUCCAGCUCAGAUCACCCGUUUCCUGUUCAAGAUGAUGUCAGUCCAUAGUGAGAGGCUGGUAUCCAAAAAGAUACUACAGGCCCUCUGUGACAUCGCCUGCACUGCUGUUAAUCAGAUAGUGAAAAAUGGAAGCCAGCAGUUUAAACUGUGGAUUCCCAGUUUGGCUGAUGUGACGCUGGUCCUAAUGAAUAUGGGAGUUGCUUUUGUGACUCUCUUCCCAUUCGAGAAUCUGCAACCUCCAUUUACAGAAGGAGAUUUGCUGGAGGACCUUUCUAUCCAAUGUGACAUUGCUUCCAGCGACAAGGAACAGAGAACUGUCCCCGAGCACAACUACAACAACGUCUUGAAGUACUUGUCUUUCUGUAUGGGCCUGAAUCCACGAGCGUACAGCGACGACGAGCUGCUGCUGCUGCUCACUGUGGUGGGAAAGGUCUGCCUCGACACGCAGCUCAUCCUCCAGUCCAGUGUGGAGCUGUUUUCUCUACAGUAUAAAAUUGUCAACAACAUCAGGGACUGGGACACUAUGCUGCCCAGAAUCUGUCAGGCCCUUACUGAUCUGACGAAAGACCACCACAACAUGUGCCUGCUCGUCCAACUGCUGCCUGACAACACGCGUGGAAAGCAGCUGCGUCAACAUCUGAGCCUGUCUAUGAUCUCUAAGCUGUUGGGUGGAAAAUGCACUUCCAGACCUAAAGGAAAAUACUUUCAGCUCUCCAUGCUGAGGCCAUACCUUCCAUCAAUGCAACCAUCCGCCCUUUUCCGAAGAAUGCUGAGCUCCACCAGCAUGACUCAGAAUGAAAAGGUGGACAAGGUCACACUUGACCAACAGUCCUACUACCUCUGCUUUAGCCUUCUGACAUUGACAAGUGAAGCCUCCAACUUUCAGUUCUUCCCAGCCAAUCAGAAGGGGCAGCUCCUCGCUCUGUGCUCUGAGCUUGAAACGCAUAUUAAGUGUGACAUCAGAGAGAGCGAGAAAUGUCUUUACCGGAGCAAAGUAAAGGAUCUAGUGGCCAGGAUCUACACCAAGUGGCAGAUGUUGCUUCAGAAGAUCAGGCCUCUCCAUGGCAAGCUGUAUGACUACUGGCAACCUCCGGCUGUGGAUACAUUGGUCUGUAGUCAAGAAGAGCGCAACAGUGAUGAUGUAGAGGGAGUCGUGAUUUUGGAGAAUAAACUAGUGGAGGAAACGAACAGAGCUGAAGAGAGUGAGGCCGUACUGAUCGCUGAGGAGGAGGAGGCCGUACUGAUCGCUGAGGAGGAGGAGGCCGUACUGAUCGCUGAGAAGGAGGAAGCCGUACUGAUCGCUGAGGAGGAGGAAGCCGUACUGAUCGCUGAGGAGGAGCAGGACAUGGAACUGGCUGAAACACAUGGAGGACCUGAAGGACUCGAGCGCAUGGAGGAAAAAAAUGAAACAACAGAUGCAAUAGGACCCGUUCCUGAGGAUUUGAACCAAGAGGUAGAAGUUGACAAUCUGGUUCAUACAAGGCAAACUUCUGACUAUAACCUGGUCUCAGCUUGUGAUAAAGUAUAGAAGUUAUUUUAAAAUUUUCCAGGCUUUAAUAGCCAGUUUCUUAACAAUAUGCUCAAUUGCACUAGUACCUGUUCCUCUGUUUAGUUGAUUGUUAAUAAUAAACAUUUAUUGUACAUUUUUGAAGUAAACAUUUUUAAGAGAGCUCACAAUGUUUCAUCUGCAUUUGGCAAAUGCUGCACAAUACAAUUUUUUUUACAUUUGAUGUAUGUUUUUGUUAAAUAAUUCGGUACAGUGCUGCUGUUGUCAGAUAUUUAGCUAUUUAUAUUAAUGUGUAUAGUGUG